CCCGAUCCAACUCCAUACCCAAACAUCACACUAACCAGUCUUGCACAAUGGAGGCCACAGACGACAUUCGCGUCGACCAUGUUCCGCGCGCGCCCUCACCGGCUCGCAAUUCCGAGAUUCAGCUCCCCAGGUACCGGCGUCAUGGGGAGCCAGAGCGCUACCGUCUUUCAGCCGCUCGACUAGCCAUGGCUCCACGCGAGCCGCCGACAAAACUCGUUCACUUCUGGUUCCGCACCCGUUACGUCUCGGCGCAUGCUUCUCAGAUUUCCGACCUGCAUCCCCACGUCCUGGGACUCCGGAUCUGCCCGUCGACGGUAGCUAGCUUCUUCACAUCCGCUACCCGGCUGCUCCCCGCUUUUGCUCAGCCUUGGAUCCGGGCUGUCUUUCCGGAGUGGUUCCUUCCCGACCGUGCUGUGCUGAAGACACAGAAACCCGGAGAAGACCAAGAAAUCAUGAAGGAAUAUUUUGACACCGAAGUCGAGGCGUAUGGACGGCUCAGCCCCCUGCAGGACGCCAUCAUCCCCAAGUUUUACGGCCUUCUGCGCUACAACGGAACAAGGGCUAUGCUUCUCGAGUAUUUGGGGGGCAUCUCGCUGUCCGCCCCCGAGGGCGCAACCAUGACCUUGGAGGAGUUGUCAAGUUUGCUGCAGCCAUGCUACCGGGCACUCCACGCCUUUGGCGUGCAUCAAGAUGACGCCAACUUGUCAAACUUUCGACUGGUGGAUGGCAAAUUAAAGGUACUGGAUCUUGAGAGCGCCGUGUUCCAUUACUCGGCGGCUCAAAAGGCAACUUUUCUGGCGUCGAGUGUUCGCCACCUAGCCAAGCACUAUCUGUCUAUGCAGGCGUAUUAUCGGCAUGAGGGUUCUCUGGAAGCAGCUUAAUCCCCUAACGGUGCAGGUCUGUAGAGAUACCAGUAAAAAUUUUUACUUAAAGAAAGAAGGCGUGGCUGUAUGAUUAGACCCUGCCAUCCAAUACACACUUUUCCUUACCUCUGCG